GAUUUCCCUUAGAAAAAAACAAAUUUUAAACAACAACAACGCAUGUGUAGUUAAGUUCAAUUAUCUUCGAUGUCUUAAAUAGUUUUAGGUAGAAACAUGGCUGUUGCCAAGUAUUGCAGGUGUAUGCUGAGAAUAUCAACUGAAUUUAUAUCCAAACCUUCGUUUACGAGCAGAUCCCUUUUAACUGAAAGGAAUCUUAUCCCCUUGAUAACACAACCACCCAAACAAAUACAUACUUCUAAUCGUCAAUAUGGACUUGAGGAGUUUUUUGACGAUCCAAAGAAUUUUGGGAUCCGAGAAAUCAAAUCUGGAUCAAGUUGGUCCCGAGAUCUUCUUAGAUUAAAAAGCACUGAAGAUUUGCAUAAACUUUGGUUUGUCCUGUUAAAAGAAAGAAACAUGCUGCAAACAUUGGAACUUUAUUGUAAAAACGAAGAUGAACCAAUGCCAGGACCUGAUAGACUUGAAAAAGUUGCAGAAUCGAUGAGUAAUUUACGAGAUGUUUUCGAUGAAAGGGAGUCGGCAAAGAACAUGCUGCUUACUGGGUCAACUAACAAAACACCAGGUGAGUGGAGAAAAUCUGGGCUUGGAAUAACAUAUUGGUACGAACACAAGGAGCAUCUUUUACCUCCCCAUCUUGGUAAGAAGAAGGGGGAUCAACAUGCGGAGAUCGCAAUGUUUGAUAGAAGAUUGGAAGAAUGGCAUUUACGUAUGGAGGAAAAGAGGGCGAAAAGGCACGGAAGCUAUUAUUACAGGAUCGGACUAAAAUGGGGACGGAUCCGUGCGAAUAAUCCAAACUUACCUAAGAAGCCGCCAAAGUGGUGGAUGAAGAAGUUUAAGACAACGUGGAAGUAUGGAAUUCACCCCGAGAAACCAGUGUUGUUGCCACACCAUGAUGAUAGGUUUUACUGGGGGAAACGACCAAAUAAACGAUAUUAAUCUUGCAUUGUAUUUCAACAAUGGGCAUUAUGAUUAAAUAAACAAUGUUGGGAAGAAAGAG